CCGGCGGGAGUCGUGGUCAGUGGUGAUUUCUUCUGGAGUCGUUUCCUCAGCUCCUUCCAGCCCCUUGGGUGGCAUCUUCUAUUUUUGAAGCGUUAAAGGUGUGGAAACGGAGGGCGUGACGAGGGGCAGGUAGCGAGAUUGGCUCGGCUGUGGAGCCAAGGUUCGAGUCCCGGGGUCCCCACAUAACGGCCGGGCGACCCUGUGCAAGUUGGUUAACUUCAGCUUCACGUUUUUUCCGUCGCCAAACGAGGAUGCCAGUACCCCCCGCACCAGCAGCCAGUACUCCGCUGGGUUAGUUAAUUGUCGAGCGCGGAGCCCAGUUCCUAACCUGCAGUUACCUGUAGCUGCCACGGCGGGGACGAGGUUUUUCCUGAGUGCCAGGGUAGGAUGGCAUGGCAGGUGUCAGAGAAUUUGGAGCAGUAAAUGGAUUUCUCAUGGAAGUUUGUGUUGAUUCAGUGGAGUCAGCUGUGAAUGCAGAAAGAGGAGGUGCUGAUCGGAUUGAAUUAUGUUCUGGUUUAUCAGAGGGGGGAACUACACCCAGCAUGGGUGUCCUUCAAGUAGUGAAGCAGAGUGUUCAGAUCCCAGUUUUUGUGAUGAUUCGGCCACGUGGAGGUGAUUUUUUGUAUUCAGAUCGUGAAAUUGAGGUGAUGAAGGCUGACAUUCGUCUUGCCAAGCUUUAUGGUGCUGAUGGUUUGGUAUUUGGGGCAUUGACUGAAGAUGGACACAUUGACAAAGAGCUGUGUAUGUCCCUUAUGGCUAUUUGCCGCCCUCUGCCAGUCACUUUCCACCGAGCCUUUGACAUGGUUCAUGAUCCAAUGGCAGCUCUGGAGACCCUCUUAACCUUGGGAUUUGAACGAGUGUUGACCAGUGGAUGUGACAGUUCAGCAUUAGAAGGGCUACCCCUAAUAAAGCGACUCAUAGAGCAGGCAAAAGGCAGGAUUGUGGUAAUGCCAGGAGGUGGUAUAACAGACAGAAAUCUACAAAGGAUCCUUGAGGGUUCAGGUGCUACAGAAUUCCACUGUUCUGCUCGUUCUACUAGAGAUUCAGGAAUGAAGUUUCGAAAUUCAUCUGUUGCCAUGGGAGCCUCACUUUCUUGCUCGGAAUAUUCCCUAAAGGUAACAGAUGUGACCAAAGUAAGGACUUUGAAUGCUAUUGCAAAGAAUAUCCUGGUUUAGCCAGACCUCUCUGAGAGACAUGGAUAUCACAGGAUGAAGGUAGAAGUAUAAUCUGCAAUUCUCUGUGACACAGCUUUACCACCUUCUCUGGCCAGGACAGUUGCAAUCUUUGUUUUAAGUUUCACAUGGCCAUGGAGAACGUGCCCAAGAAGAAAAAGAAUUUGAAACAGAGAUACAGUCACUUCCUUUGCUUAGUCUUACCAGCGAUUGUCAUCGUGGUUAAAGCUGGUCUAUGCUUCUUCCACAGACAGAAGCUUAGUCUUGUUUUCAGUGGAAUUAAUUGAUGAACUGGAAAAAUUUAACUGCAUGGUAUGAAUUCAGAGUGUGACUUAAGAGUCAAUUCAUAGCAGUAUUUUGCUUUUUCAUUUGUAAAAUAAAAAUGUCCACUCUUAUAG